AUGUGUAAACAUCUAACCAGUAUUGCUCGACAUAAUAUUGGUGCUCAAACAUUAUAUAAUCAAAAUGCACUUGAAACCAUACGAAAUUAUAAAAAACAAGUUUUGUUGAAUAAGUCCCUAUUAUCAGAAACACAAUAUUCAAAAUUAGGCGUACUGUUAUGUAUGACAAUGUCAUUGAUACUCGAACCAGAUGAAUUAAAAAAAUGUAAAGAGUUAAAUGAACAUUUUUACGGUGUAUUUGAUCAACUUUUACAAAUCCCACUUGUCGUAUUAACAAGAUUAUUUAUAAAUGAUGAGGUUCUUGAUUAUUGUUUGAAUCAUACAAAAGUAAAUGAAAAAUUAUCAAAUACUAUUGAUUUUUUUUGUCAAUUAUUAUCUAAAAUAUAUAAUUAUCUUAUCAAUUCAAAUGAUAUUAAUAAACUUGAUCAACUCUCGCUUGUAACUCUAUGUAAUUUAUUAUGGAGUAUAUCAUUUCAAGACAAAUAUAAACAAAAAUUAAAGAAUAAUGAAGAAUUAAUGACAAUAAUAAAAGCAUUAGCCAAUGAUAAUAUCGAUUUGAUAGAAUACGAUUACAUACCGAGACAUUUGUCAUCGAUAAAGAAAGCUACAGACGGUAUUCUCUGGAAUAUUGAAGAUAAAACAUUACCAAUAUUACCAACAUCAACUAUAAUUAGUAAUCGUUCUCGUCCUCUGGUAAUGAUUAGUUAUUCACAUGGUAAUACAACAUUUUGUAAAGAACUAGUUGAAAAACUACAAACCAGUGGUCAAGUUGAUGUCUGGGUCGAUUUUCUUCAUCAUCAUGAUAAUGCUUCUAAUCACACAAAAAUAUCUCAUUCCGAUGAUGUUUGGGAAGAGAUAGCACACGCAAUUGAAAGCGCGUCCAUUGUUAUAUUAAUUAUAUCAAAAGAGUAUUACGACAGUAAAUCAUGUCGUCAAGAACUGUGUUAUGUUACUGAUACAAUGAAAAAGCGUAUUAUACCUGUUUAUCCAAAUACUGCUCCGUUAGAUUACAAAGCAACCGGAUGGCUAGGGAUAAGAAUUGCCGGGCAAACAUAUAUUCAUUUUGGAAGAAAAUCAAUUGAGACAGCAACCAAUGAAUUAGUCCAAAUGAUUAUUAGUGAUGCUGCCAGAAAGCCACCGAAACAAAUAUUAAAAUCAAAACAAUAUCCAUCACUCUUGACGACAACCGUAAAUAGUGAAAAACAGAUGAAAUUAUUGAAACAGUGGACGUCAGAUGAUAUUUCGAAGUGGUUUGAUUUUAAUCAUAUUCAUAAUGAUCUGAAAGUUUUGUAUGAAUUUCAUAGUGGAACAUCGUUGUUACUCUAUGCUGAACAUUUAAAAUUUUAUUAUAAACAAGAAUAUGAACUAAUUUUCAAUCGUUAUCAAGAAAAGUAUGGUAAAAAAUUACCAACAUUUGAAUUCAUUGCAUUUCUAGAUGCGUUAUACCGUCUACUAGAUGGAAAUGAUAAUUUUGUCAAUUCAACUGAGUUACCAAUACAAACUCAGACGAAAGACUCCGAAACUAUUUGGCUCUAA